GUCACUUCAGUGAAGAGUGAAAAGUCGCAUUAUACGGACGUGUACAACGUUAAUCGGCAUAUAGGUUUUUAAUUCAUGAAAAAAAUCUUUUUGCUUUACUUUUCUAAUAGAAAAGAAUUGACAUUCAAUGGAAUAUUAUUUAACCGAAAAAGUUCAUUGAAGUAAUGUGCACUUACGCAUCGACGUAUUUAGUGUUCUCUUGAGUUUUGUGUGUGAUUUUCUUUGAAGAGGAAGAAAAAAUGUUCCGAUUCAAUCUCUCGUAGAACUAUAUAGUGCUGCUGUUGUAUAUUUAUCUCGGCGUCAAUAUAAUUUUCGCUGUAAUAACAAUCGUUCAGCUACUUAAAUGUAAACUCGCGGGUGAUAAAAAGGCCAUAUGUUUACAAUAACUAGACAUAUAAAAUGAGCAGUAUGUCAAAACAUUCGUCAGUCAAUUCCAGAAAUUAUUCGAAUAAAAGCGAUAAUAGUGGGAAAUAUGAUACUUAGCUAAUUAGGCAUGUUUUGAUGAGUUGGGAAAACGAAAAAAAAAAUCAAACCAAGAACAUCAGUGGGAUAUCUCAUUAAAACGAAGAGAAGAAUUAAAAAAAUGUUCGCAAUGUGCAAUGUGCAGAAAGUGGUGUUAAUGGUGUUAACGACAACAUUCCUACUCCAACACUAUGUGCUCUCCGAUACAGUCAUCCGCACUUGUGAACCAAUUCGCGUAGAAAUGUGUCGUUCAGUCGGUUACAACAAUACGUCGAUGCCGAAUUUGGUUGGCCACGAAUUGCAAUCCGAUGCCGAUUUCACUCUUCAAACAUUUACGCCGUUAAUACAGUACGGUUGCAGUGCUCAACUGCAUUUUUUCUUAUGCGCAGCAUAUUUUCCCUACUGUACUCCUAAGGUUCCCGAACCGAUAGGUCCUUGUCGGGCACUGUGCGAGGCUGUACGAAGUAGAUGCCAUCCGGUACUGCAGGGUUUCGGUUUUCCAUGGCCACAUGCAUUGGACUGUGAUCGCUUUCCAAAAGCAAAUAACUUGGAUUCGAUGUGCAUGAAAGGACCGGAUGAACCGACUGGUGCCAGUAUAUCGACUGACUAUUUACCAACGAAAGCGACCUCUUCUCUGCAACCAUCGUGCCAGAAUUUGGCUAAGUCGCAUCUGUAUGUGAGACUGAAUCGAUCAGGUAAAUGUGCGCCGCUCUGUGAGGCCGAGAUUAUGUUCAAUGCGCAGGAUAAAAACAUUGCGGAACUGUGGGUGUCCGUUUGGAGUUUUGCUACGAUUGUCAUUGCAGUGGCAGCUAUUUUAAGCUUCAUUAUAUCGGAUACUAAAUGGGACAAAAUUCUAAUGCCACUGGUGACGUGCAAUUCGUUGGUGGCUGUCGGUUGGGUAGUUCGCAUAUUGGCUGGACGAAAUAACAGUAGCUGUGGUAUCGAUCCUCAACUACCCGGCACAUAUAUACUGCUAACGGAUGGACUGUCUUAUGCACCGUGUGCUACAACCUUCCUACUCAGAUAUUAUUUCGGAAUGUCGGCAAGUGUUUGGUGGGCUAUUUUAUGUUUAAAAUGGCAUUUUACUGUACGACGUGAGAGAGACGAUUCUUUGAGUGGCUCGACAGUCGAUAAGAAAUACGACGAUACUUACAGCUCCGUAACGCAAUUGACAGCAUGGGGCCUGCCAGCUAUACAAACGCUUUUGGUACUUGUUACGAGAUUGGUGGAUGCUGAUGAGCUAAUUGGAGCUUGUUAUGUUGGCAAUCAGUCCGAUCAGGCAUUACGCAAUUAUGUCGCAACGCCGUUGUUCGGAUAUUGGGUAUUUGGAGCGGUAAAUCUGUUGGCUGGCUACUUGGUCCAACGUCGUACCGUCAAUGCCGUCCCGCAUCGAUCUCACAUUCAACCGAAAAAUGUGAACGGAAUGAAUGGCAUGGGCUCGUUCCUGUUCAUAAUAGCCUGUUGUAUUGGUCUACUUAUGAUUGCCGUGUUCUACGAAUUCGCCAACAUUGAUAUCUGGCUGCAUCAACCGCAAUCGCAUGGCGAGUCCACAACGACGACGCAAACUGUUCCGAUGUGGUCGUUUAUGUUACGAGCGUAUAUGGAACUAUUGGCGGGAGUAAUCUGCUGUGGUUGGACGCUUGGACCUCGUUUUUCCAAUUUGUGGAAAAAUCGAUUCUGUCUGCGACCAGUGGAACGGAAACUACCGACGGUCAAUUAUCCGCAGAGUACGUUCAGUAGUGCGUCGUACCAAACGGUAUGUCCUCAAAAUUCGAUGAUCUCGCUAUCGACAAAGGCGGGUAAUGUUCGAAGAUAUCAGCCUCCGAUGCAUAUUUACCGUAAGGUACGGGUCUAUAAAUCGCCAUCGCAAUCGAUCAGUCUAACCGGAAAUGAAACGGUUUUGUGAAGCAGCUGAAGCAUCUCAUGUACUUAAACGUGUAAUUCGUAUAAGAAAGCCAGCUAUUCAAUAGCUUGGCAGUCCAUGUUUUGAUAUUUGUUUUUUUUUAGAGAUUUACAGUGUUGUUGAAAUGAAUGAACUUAACAAACAAACAAACAAAAAUGCCAUUUUAAUUGUACAAAAUAAUUUUUACUGAAUAAACUAAUUGCUAAGUAGUGUACGUACGUAAUUGUAAGUUAAAUGAUAAAAUAUUUAUUUCUAUUUUUAAAAUUAAACUUGUACCUCAAACGAAACGAACUACUAAAAUGACAAUAAAAGUGACCUUUCUUACUUCAAGUACGACA